CCCUCUCUGUCUCCGUCUCUCUCUCUCUCUCUCUCUCUAGUCUCUCGUUCUCUGUUCUGCGUUUGGUUUCAGAGAGAAGGCCCGGCUUAGGAGAACUGCGGCUGAGCUAGCAAGCGACCGUCAAUCUUGCCUUGCCGCCGAUUGGAGUCGGUAGAGUCUCCAGACUUACUGAACAGUUGGGAAUUUCUUGGAGAAGUUUCAUGCUUCUAAAAGCUCGGAAGAUUCUCAGCUUCCCUCGCCAUGGAAAUUGCUUUAACCUGAAUAGCCGCAUAGGCAUAGCUGACUUCACUAGACCCUGUUACUACACUCGCGGAUCAUGCUAUAGUUCGUCGGAACCGCGGUCGGCCUCGACGCAGAAACCCAACCGAGCGAAUGUUGCCGUUUUCUGGGACUUGGACAAUAAGCCUCCGAACUCGUUCCCACCUUUCGAAGCCGCCACAAAGCUAAAGGCAGCAUCUUCUUCCUUUGGCUAUGUGAGGCACAUGGUGGCUUAUGCUAAUAGCCAUUCCUUCAGCUAUGUCCCUCCAGUCGUUAGGGAACAGAGGAAGGAGAGGAAACUGUUGGAUAAGCUGGAGAACAAGGGAGUCAUCAAGCCGUCUGAGCCGUACUUGUGUCGGGUUUGCGGCCGGAAAUUCUACACAAACGAGAAGCUCGUCAACCACUUUAGGCAAAUCCAUGAGAGUGAACACAAAAAGAGAUUGAGCCAGAUCGAGUCUGCCAGAGGGAAGAGGAGGGUCAACUUGGUGGCUAAGUAUGCGAUGAAGAUGGAGAAGUAUAAGAAUGCUGCAAGGGAUAUUUUGACGCCGAGAGUUGGGUGCGGGCUAGCGGACGAGUUGAAGCGUGCAGGGUUCUGGGUCCAGACCGUGUCUGAUAGGCCUGAAGCAGCGGAUAUCGCCCUGAGGAAUCAUAUGAUCGAUAUGAUGGAUCGAAGGAGAGCUGAUUGUCUUGUUCUUGUAUCAGAUGACUCGGAUUUCGUGGGGGUUAUCAAGGAAGCAAGGGAGAGGUGUCUUAAGACAGUCGUGGUCGGGGAUAUUAGUGAUGGGGCUCUGAAGAGAACGGCAGAUGUUGGGUUUUCGUGGAAGGAGAUUCUGAUGGGAAAGGCGAAGAAGGAAGCUGUAUCAGUCAUGGGCCGUUGGAAGGACCGGGAGAUACUUAAGAGAUUGGAAUGGACUUACGAUCCUGAGGCGGAGAGGAAAAAGUAUGAGUUUUAUGAUGAGAUCGAUGAGGACAUCGUUCGGGAUAUUGAAGGUACUGAGAGUGGAAACGAUGCUCAGGAAGAUGAUGUCCGAGGUUGGUGGGAAUUAGACUCAGAUUCUGAUAUCUCUUCAGCAGAAUUGUCUCGGUGAGUUUGUAAUGAGGCCCCAAAAAGGGUGAGCACUGAAAAUUUGAAGAACAAAGAAUAUGUUGAAUACAUUACUUGCAUUUGUGCGCUUUUAAGUUGAUAUUAUUAAGUUGAUUAUCUCAGUGCUUCAUGUAAUGCACUAGUAGAUGCCA